GACUGAAGAGAAGGCCAUUUUUGCACUACUUUCCGCAAUAUCGAGUGAAAAUGGACGACGUUUUAGCUUUUCGUAUUUUUCAUGUGUAUUUUUGUCAACAGUUGAUGUGAUUAAACGAUAAGAUAGAAAAAGAAGCGGGAAUAUCCAGGGAUUCGGAAUUUCAAGACUGCAAUAUGGUGUUGGUUAAACCGGUGAAAUAUGGGUCUGUCGACUCUGUCUGUUGGUGCGCAAACUGGAAGAAGAAGAGCUAUUCACGUAUCUUGGCAGUAACCGUUGCCCUAGUCGUCGUCGGCCUGCUACUGACAGAAAGGCACUUACUUCAUCGCCCGCCGGCCCCACCAGACGGACGCACGCCGAAGACUCUUCCAAAAGUGGUAAUUUGGAGCAAUGACUUUCACAUCUCGCCUAUUAAAGAUUUGACAAAUCUGCUGAAGCCUCUUGGUGUUAAAGUAAUCGACAAGAGUCUCUCGGGCGCGUGUACCAAAACGUGUGCGAAGGGAUUAAGAGUGCUCAACCGACAAAAUGGGAUGUCAAUGAGCGAGGAGCUUCAAAAAGAGUUCUAUAAAAGCUACAAAGACGACCCCGAAAUGCAGUCCGUGGACGCUUUCGUAUGUAACCAUCCAGCAGCGAUGUGUGAAGCUUUCAUGCCGUUUAAUAAGACUAUAUUGGUUAUAGCGUCCACGAGGUACGAGUUGGGAAGAUUUGAGCCAGAGCGCUGGAAAAAAUGGAAUGAGAAUCUUAUCAAGAUUUCUAAAGACCCUCGUAAUGUAGUCGCUGGUAAUAAUCUGUAUGACGCGGAAUAUAUACGUUACUUUACAGGAAUUAAAACCACUGUUCUCGAGAGUUACUGUGAUGUUGGAGAGACGUACUCUUACUCAAAUGUGACGAGGCGUGAAUUCCUCCUGGCGCCAAGUCAUGUUGGCCACUUUGAGUCGUCUUUUUUAGAGAGGUUUAAGAAAGCUGUUUCCAAGNCACUGCGGCCAGUGACACACGAUUACUAUCCACCGUCCGACUAUGUACUGUACUCAGAUGGGACCUCUUAA